AUGAAUCGAUUAUCAAUAGUUUUCUUGUUGCAUAUUAAUAUAUUUUUGGCUAUUACACUACCACCUACACUAACAGUGAAUACCAAUGGAAUACCUGCAAAUGUAAAACCAAUUGAUGAAUUCACAUGUAAAACUGAUGAUGGCAGAUUUGAAAUUCCACUCUAUGGCAAAUAUCGUUCAGGAACAAAUCCGUGUAAAGUUUGUACUUGCACUGCAACAGGAUUUUUAUGUGAAGAUCAAUGUGAAACAGUUCCAGCAUCAACUUCAACUAGUACAGAAACAACAACAACAACAAUAACUACCAGUACUAGUAGUAGUAGCAGUAGUAGUGCUACUAGUAAGGCUACAGUUUUCAGUACAGCUUCAACAUUAUCUGAUCAAUCCAUCGUAUCAUCUUCUCUGACAACAUUGAUUUCACCAAAUAAUGGUGGCGGGACAACAACUUCAAUAUCAUCUAUGGGUGGUCCGGAUGAUGACAUCAUUGAUAGUUUAUGUGCACGAUCAACGCCUGCACGCGAUUAUGCUUAUGUGGAUUGUAGUGAAGUCUAUUUAGCAGGAAAACGAACAAGUGGAAUUUAUGAAAUAUGGCCUCGUACAAGUCCAAAAUCAUUUCGCGUAUUUUGUGAUAUGGAUACAGAUGGCGGUGGAUGGACAGUUAUUCAACGUCGUGGUGAUUAUAAUCAACAAUCAAAUUUUUUUGUUACAUGGUCAUCAUAUAGACGUGGUUUUGGUGAUCUUACACGCGAUUUUUGGCUUGGAAAUGAAAAAAUUCAUACAUUAACAAAUCAAAAUGAAUAUCGUCUUCAUAUUGAUAUGGAAGAUUUUAAUGAUCAAUCACGUUUUGUUGACUACGAAUGGUUUUUUAUAACAGACGAGCAAACAAAAUAUACAUUAAAUUUAGGUCGUUACAUGACAACAUCAACUGGCGGUGAUUCGUUAUCAUAUAAUCGUGGUAUGCGUUUUACAACACGUGAUCAAGAUAAUGAUCAAUCAAUGUCAAGUCAGUGUGCAGAAAAUUACAAAAGUGGCUGGUGGCAUACAGGGUGUACGUUAGCCAAUUUAAAUGGACUUUAUUUACGUGGAAAUGAUUCAACUGCUACAGGUGUCUUUUGGAAUAAUUGGCUAGGUGCAAAAUAUUCAUUGAAAACAUGUGCGAUGAAAAUUAGACCAGUUGGUUUCAAUACAGAAAUGCUCUCUUGA